AUCCUUGCACUAAAAUUCUUUGGUCAUAUAUUAGAACCCAUAUACCUAAGAAUUUGGAGCCAAAUUACAAGUUUCUUCAAGCUGAAGCAAUUUGGAGGUCACAAGCUAGAAGUCAGCAAGGAGUAAUCAAGCCCUUCUGAGUGAGCUUCCUCUGGCAGGAUGACAACAGGCCAAGUCAACUGGAAAGCUGAGAUAGUCUCAUCCCAAACCAAAGAAGGUUUAAAACUAGUGUUGAUAACUGGAGAUGUAACAUGUUUUGCUACUAAUGUCAUUGUCAAUACUGUCCCCCCAAAUCUUCAACUUGGAGGAGGAACACUCUCUCAGUCACUUUUGCACAAAGGAGGGCCAAUGCUUCAGAAAGAGUUAAAUGCCACCAAGCAGGAAACACAGGAGAAAUUAGGUAGCAUCUUCAUGACAAGUGGCUGUAAUCUGGACUGCAAAGCUGUGCUUCAUGUGGUGGCUCCAGAAUGGAAUUAUGGAACAGAUUCUUCUUUGCAGAUCAUGGCAAAUAUAAUUAAAACAUGUCUGAGUUAUAUAGAACAAAUUUCUUUCUCUUCAAUCACAUUUCCUAUGAUUGGAACAGGAGGAUUAAUGUUUCCCAAAUUUACUUUUGCUAAUCUAAUCCUUUCAGAAGUGUUAAAAUUUAGUAGUACUUUAUGGCAAAAAACUUUACAAGAAGUUCACUUUGUGGUACUACCAGAUGAUGAUCAAGGCCAUCAGGCAUUUUUAGAUGAGUUUACUAAACGACCAAGUGAAAUUUUUGAUAUUAAGAUGAAUAUGCUAAACUCUGGAGAUACUCAAGGAAUAGUCUCUAACCCUACAUCCACAAGGCAUGAAAUGAAAUUUGGUGGCAUUACUUUUCAAGUGGCUAUUGGAGAUAUAACCAAAGAAACUGCAGAUGUUAUUGUAAAUUCUACAACAAGGACAUUUAAUGUGAAAACAGGGGUAUCAAAAGCAAUUUUAGAAGCUGCUGGACCGGCUGUGGAAUAUGAAUGUGCUGCUCUAGCUACCCAGACUCACAGAGAUUAUAUAAUUACGCAAGGAGGAUAUUUACAGUGUAAGAAGAUAAUCCAUGUUCUUGGGAGAAAUGAUGUCUGGGAAACAGUCUCCAGUGUUUUAGAAGAGUGUGAACAGAGCAAGUACACAUCUGUUUGUCUACCAGUCAUCGGAGCAGGAAAUGCUGGAAAAAAUCCUGUCUUGGUUGCUGAUGACAUCAUCAGUUCAGUUGCAGAAUUUGCAUCGGAAUAUCCUACCUCAUCAUUACAAUAUGUCAAAAUUAUUGUCAUUGUACCAGAGCUACUAAAAAUAUUCUGUGACAAUAUGAAACAAAGAGAAAACUCCAUGUCAUUUGACUUUCAACCCUCGGUCUCCAAGGUUGCAUCACUUUGGGACUUUACAAAAAAAUUGCCCCCUCCCACAAAUAAUCCUUUGUAUUUUGAAAAGGAAACACAAUUACCAAGUUUUCAAGCAUGUGAUGAAAAUGUAAAAGAUGUUGUAAAUGACUUCUCCUGUAUACAAAAUCUGACUAACAAUGGACAAUAUUCAUAUAGUAGUGAAGCUGAGUGCAACUAUUUUGAUGAAAAGAAAGUUAUGAUCCCUUUACACUGGAGCAAUAUGAAUCAACAGAACUUCUGCAUGGAAGUCUUACCUUGUCAUCAUCAAGAGUACCAAGAUGUGGCAAACCAGUUUAAUCAGAGCUGCUCAAAAUUCACCAUAAUAGAGAUUAAGAGGAUCCAGAAUCUAGACCUUUGGAAUACCUACCAGAUUAGGAAAGAAAUAAUGGAUGCCAAGAAUGGUAACAUAAUCAAUGAAAAGCAACUCUUCCAUGGGACAGAUGUUAAUUCGGUGCCUUAUAUCAACAGAAAUGGCUUUAAUCGCAGUUAUGCUGGAAAGAAUGGUAGUUCAUAUGGAAAAGGAACAUACUUUGCUGUUAAUGCCAGCUAUUCUGCCCAGUUCUCUACACCAGACGCCAAAGGAAAUAUGUAUAUGUAUUAUGCGCGUGUUCUCACUGGAAGUUACACAGCUGGAAAUUAUGCCGAUUUAAUUGCACCUCCUCCAAAGAAUUAUCAGAAUCCAACUGACCUGUAUGAUACUGUCACAGACAAUAUGCAAAAUCCCAAAUUAUUUGUUGUUUUUUAUGACUACCACGCUUACCCAGAGUACCUCAUUACUUUUAAAGAUAAUUUUCGAAGAAAUUAUUCAUCUCCAUAUAUCUAGCUGUAAAUUGAGUGUUUGU